AUGAAGCGACUUCUCAGAUUCAAACGCCGGAAGGCACGCAGCGGUGAUCUGCAGGGGAAUAGCGCGAUCACCCCUUCUCCACCUGUGGGGCCAGAAAUAAUCACACCGUCUCCAACUUCAAUACCUGCUUCUAGCCUCUCAGUACAGGCCACAGCCCCUUCAGUGGUGGCUGCUAGUUCUUCUCCGACCACCGCAAGUGCCGCACAGUUACAAACUAGGCAAGCCGUAGCGCCCGUCUUGCCCUCUGCAGGUUCCUCGCCGGCACCAUCUACAGGAGCAAGUCAGGAUAUCGACACUUGGAAUCGCGCCUACGAAAUAGCGGAGAAGCGAGAGUCAGAGCUGAUGACAGAUUACGCGAGCCACCUAGCCUCCCUACAAGUUAACCCCACCAGCAAAAGAAAUAUCUCAAAUUCGGAAUUUGUCGAAGAUGUCGUGAAGCGGCUGCUAGACGACCGAGAGAAGAAAAAAUGGCGGCUUUCUCUCCUGGAAAAUAAUGUGAUCAUCCGAAAGCAGGUCGAGAAACUUGCAAAAGUUCUCUUGUGGUCUGACCCUGUUGUCAAGAGUGCUGUUAGCACACAACCACAUGCGGCGCUUGCAUGCUACUUACAAGUGCUGUCACCGGAUGAAGCUAUGCUGAAAGGUUUCAACUCGAUCAGCGAUGUUCAAGUCUAUUGGACAAUUUUUGAAGAGACUUACCUAACCUCUUCCCACCGGCAACACUACGAAAACCUCGUGGAGCCUUUGGCUAAGCUCUAUUCUUACAUUAUUGAAUACCAAGCCCGCGCUAUAUGCCAUUUUUCAAAGACCCAACUCUCCCGAGGGUGGCAGAACGUGGCGGGUGGGAAUGACUGGGCUGGAAAGGCGAGUGAGAUUGGAGCUUUAUCAAAGGCUCGCAGCAUCCUGAUCUCGCAUGAUAACGAGAAAGAGAUUCGAGAGCGAUGGAGUCGUCAACUACGUGAGAUUCAAGAGUCAACUGCUAUUCUUGGAGAGAUCCGACAAGUCCUCGAUGAAAGCCAAAGACAAACCCAGGGGAACUACGCAGAAAUGGUGGAAAGGAAACUCCUACAAGAUCUGGCUUCCGACUAUGAAGGAUACAAAGAUUUCAAUCGUCUUAGAGUUCAAGGCACUUGUGAAUGGUUCUUCAACGAUGAAAAGUUCCACAAAUGGCGCGAUAGCGACAUAUCUGGGCUUUUAUGGCUCUCUGCUGGACCUGGAUGCGGAAAGUCGAUUUUAUCACGGGCGCUCAUUGACGAGCGUCGACUGUCCUUGAACAUCACAACCUCGACCGUUUGUCACUUCUUUUUUAAAGAUGGCUACGAAGACCGCAUGUAUGGGGUCAAUGCUUUAUGUGCAAUACUCCACCAACUUUUCACUCGAGACUCUAGCGGGACCCUCAUCAAGCUAGCUCUGCCUGCUCACAGAAAUUACGGUAAAGCUCUUACAAGGAGCUUCUCUAAACUAUGGAAUAUCCUUCUUGAUUGUGCCAAGAGCCCUCACGCUGGAGAAAUUAUUUGCAUUUUUGAUGCUCUGGAUGAAUGCGAGGAACAAAGCAGAUUGCAAUUGAUCAGCAAACUCAAAGAGUUCUAUUGCCAGCCGCAAGGCUCUUCGGCAUUAUCUUCGAAGCUGAGCUUCCUCAUAACCAGUCGACCAUACGCCGAGAUAGAGAGAGAAUUUGCGGGGUUCUCUACGACAGAAUACCUACAUUUUGAUGGCGAUAAACAGUCUCCUGCCAUUAGUCGGGAGAUUGACCUGGUCAUCGAUGAACACGUGAGCCAAAUCGCAGAAAACUUCACCCCUCGUGAUCAGCUAGAAAUCUCAAAACGUCUCAAAAGCAUGGAGAACCGCACAUACUUGUGGCUUUAUGUCAUCUUCGAGAUAAUCAAAGAGGACCCCAGCUGCCACGGGAAGCGGUCCAGCAUCGAGAAACUGUUGAACAAUAUACCAUCAAGGUUAUCUGAGGCGUACGAGGUAAUUCUAGGCAGAAGCAAAUGCCAAGAAGAAACUGAACGCCUUCUUGAGAUCAUCCUUGCUGCGGCGCGGCCUCUGACCCUUGACGAGGCUAACGUCACCUUGACAUUGGCUUUGGCAGAAGAAAAUUUCACGUCACACGCAGCCUUGAAGGAUGACCUACGGCCUAAUGGUAAUUUUGAAACCAUUGUCAAAGGCUUAAGUGGCCUCUUCAUCAGUGUUCAUGAUUCAAGACUGUUCUUCAUUCAUCAAACAGCUAGGGAGUUUCUCGUUGACCCUUCGGGCCGUGGUACAUGGGAAGGACGUUUGAGCAUCUCCGAAUCGUCCAGGAUCAUGCCAAGAACUUGUUUCCAGUUCUUGAUGCUCUCUGAUCUUCGCGCCUUUGUUGAGGACGGGGACGUUUCGGACGAGGAUGAACCUGGCAGUGACGUUUCGGGUGAGGAUGAAUCUAGCGAAGACUUUUCGGAUUAUAUCAUUGACCAGUCCCUGAAAGAUGCGCGUACACUUUAUGAUGCCCGCCAGGCAUGGGUGCAGGUAGCAAGCUUUAAAUGGUUACUAAAAGGGAUACUAGACGGUCAGAACAUGACAGAUUUGUCUUUGGCGAGUUAUCUUGGGUUGAAGCAAGUGGUCAAGAAUAUCUUGUCAGAGCAACACAUUGAUGUGGACAUUGAGGACAAGUCAGCAUUGGCACUUUCAGCAGCAUGCUUCGCAGGCCAGUCAGAAGUUGUCGCGCUACUAUUGAAAAAGGGGGCCAAUUGCAACGCCCUUCACAGACAUGGCACCGCUCUCCAUGCAGCUCUGUUCUUCGAUCAGCCUGACAUGAUUUCCAUGCUUCUCGAGAAUGGAGCCGACGUCAACAGCAAAGGUGGAGAGUUAGGUACAGCGCUUCAAAUGGCCUUAGGUAAAAAUGACCUAGAUAUUGUUCUUACCCUCCUUAAAUGGGGCGCAGAUAUCAACUUUGGCCACAAGACUUUCGGAACAGCGUUGCAAGAAGCUUUUUUCCUAGGCAGUCGGGAAAUCGUCAAAGCCCUACUCAAAAAUGGAGCCGAUGUCAACAUGACAGUCGGGUUGUACGGCACAACGGCGCUCUACGAAGCAUGCGAUUGGGACCGCUCAGAUAUAAUAAUUGAUCUGCUAAAUAAUGGUGCUGAUAUCGAUUAUAAUCACCGAAUCCAUGGCACGGCACUGCAGAGAGCAUCCUCUCGAGGCCGGGGGAAUAUCGUUGCAACACUCCUAGCGAAUGGAGCCGAUCCUAACAUCAGAGGCGGAUAUUAUAAUGUCUCGGCAAUUUACGCAGCAUCAUUCAAUGGGCAUCAAGAUGUUGUCGAAUUGCUACUCAAAUACGGAGCUGAUGUGAACAUCCAAGGCGCAAGGAAUGCCACAGCUCUCCAGGUGGCUGCAUGGCAAGGUCAUCGAGAAAUUGUUGCAUUGCUCCUCGAUCACGGGGCCGACGUCACCAUAAAAGGGGAAGGAGAAUACUGGGACAGGCACGUGGGCCCACGCAGGCACAAGGGCACGGCGCUUGAUGUGGCAACUGAAAAAGGUCACACUGAGAUUAUGGAAAUGCUAGUUAAAAAAGAGGCGGAGUUUCGAUCUAGCACGUGA